GAUGAGAAUGCCUCAGACAACUCGACUACACUCUGGUCAACCAGAGCAUCACAGAGGAGCCGUGAACAACUGGAGGAAGGUUGUUCCAGCCAUGAGGAUCUUUAUCUGCUUCGAGGGCUCAAGUACGCCUAUUGAUGUCCCUCCAGAUCAGACUGUGGGGGCCAUAAAGCAGAUGAUAAAGGGUAACUUUAUGGUGCAACUCUCAAAUGACAAACCGCAGCAGUACCUGGAGCUGAGCUACGGUGGAGCCGUGCUGCAGGACAGUUGGGCUCUGUUUGACGUGGGCAUCACAAGUGGCAGAGCCAUACGAUGCCUGAUAAAGACUGAGCAAAAGCCUGCGAUGUGGGUGUUCAAUGCUGUGACAGGAGAAACCUUACCAGUCAUGGGAAAUGAGGCUUCUCUGCACAUGUCUGUUGCUCACUUGAAAACUGUGAUUUCCAUGCAAACUGGCCUCCCAGUUAGCACCUUCAGACUGAGCACACCUGCUGGUGUGCAGCUUUAUGACUGCAACCAACUCAAAGACUAUGCCAUUAAAGAGGGUAUGUCCUGUCCAUUUUCCCAAUCUCUCCAAAUGCCUGCACAAAACAAUUCCAAAUUUAAAAAGUAUACAAAAGGAUUUUCUCUGAAGUCCAACGUUAUAUCUAUUUUGUGCAUGUUUUUUUUUUUUUUUAAUAAAGGCACCACUCUCCGUUUGGACACGUGGGAUGGGUGGGUGCAGUACCUUCGGGGUUGCCUCCGGGGCCACAAGUUGAUGGUCCAAGGCCACCUCUUAGAAAAUCUACCAGUAAUGAGAUUUCAGUUGCAGGUAGCCCUCUACAUUGCUGCUGCUUUAGGCCACCUGGAUCUGGCCUGGUGGCUGCUGGAGAGGGGGAUGCAUGCUGAGAAACCAGUGGGGGUUCAUCCUUACCGCCAGUGGUGCCACCAAACCUCCCACCGAGACACCUGGAAGUGUCCCAUCCACACAGCUGCAGAGAAAGGCCAGCUUCUCAUUCUCAAGCUCUUCAUCAGCAAAAACCCUUUGGCCUUGGCUUGUCGGGACCCCGCGGGUCGGAACCCUUUGAAAGUCGCUGUUCAGCAUGGUCACAGCGAUUGUGUGCACUACUUAGCCAAUAAGCUGUGUUCGCAGGUAUCCCUGCCAAACAUAGUCCUGCCAAUGCGCAUCUACAUCCAGAUAAAACGCUGGGUGUGUUUGGGGCACAAAAGGGCAGCAUCCAAUCGAUGCCAGUACACCUGUGCUGCGUUCAAUGCCAGGAUGGGGGAUACUUUGCUGGUGGAUGGCUUCAAUCAGCCAAAUAUGUCUUCAAAUUCCAUGAAGGUUGCGACCAAACCAAGCAGACGAAUCAAGAUAACGCACAAUCAAGAUGUCCGAAGCCGAGAGGAUUGCUUAUUGGAUAAAAUCUCUCCCCACUGCAGCCGAAUGGCGAAGGAAAAGGCCAUAUACUGCUUGACCAUAGCCAGUACCUUUACCGAGAAGCCUUGGUUGGAGCAGUUGAGCAUAGCACGGACCCUGAUCAGGAGGCAUGACCACAACAUGGCCUGACACUUCCAGAUCUGUCAGCUUUCGCUUGAAUAACUCCGAACGACGAACAAUCCUUCAGAGAGACAACUGAGGACUCUGUCUCAGGCUUAGUGUGUCAUUUAAAAUUAUACCUCUCUGUUAUGUGCUUAGCCAGAGAUAGUGAUAAACAAUAA